CCCGAGUGGGUGAAAUUCUGCCGGCAGCUUUUUGGGGGUUUCUCCAUCCUGCUGUGGAUCGGGGCCAUCCUCUGCUUCCUGGCCUACGGCAUCCAGGCGGGCACCGAGGACGAGCCCUCCAACGACAACCUGUACCUGGGCAUCGUGUUGGCCGCCGUCGUCAUCAUCACGGGCUGCUUCUCCUACUACCAGGAAGCCAAGAGCUCCAAAAUCAUGGAGUCCUUCAAGAAUAUGGUGCCUCAG